GCAUCAUAAGGCGACAGACUUUAGCAUGUCGCAUGGUUUCCACAGCCACGCAGUGGCUACAUCGUAAAUAUUCAUGAGUUGUUUUGUUUUGCUUUUUGGUAGUAAUUUAAAGUUAGGUUUAAGGUUAGCAGUGUGGAAAAUGUAAGGAGCAAGGUUAGGGCUAGGUUUAAACUCACAGUUGAAGAAGAUAAAUUGUAGAAAUAGGCGGUUUUUUGUUAACUUUGUGGCUGUGGUAACUAGUAGUGACCAUGUCGCGUUGCGUGUGAAGUUGAAGGUGUACAACGGGAUUUUUCUGUGGAAUUAUCAAACAUAACCUCUGUCAAAUCUCUCUUUGUUAAAAUAGAAAACGGCAACAAGCAGAGGUUCAGGUUGGGGCACAUUUUGCCCUAUAUAGCUUUUUGAGUUGGAAAACAGGAGUUUGUCUUUGAAGCGGUGGUCAAUGAUCAUGCGCAAUGGCAGUGUCCGUUAUCUCAUCUUCUUCCAAUACCUCGGGACAAAGUACAGUGGCGUUAUGAAGGCGCCUCCACACCAAGCAGUCAAGGGUGUCCAGAACUACUUGGAGGAUGCGGUACGGUGUUUGAGGCCGGUAAAUGAGGUUUCUCUGUCCAUCUCCAGUCGGACAGACACCGGUGUCCACGCCCUUGGAAACUCCGCCCACUUCGACCUCCAGCGGCAGAACGGCAAGCCCCCAUUUGCUGAGGAGGUCCUGGUUGACGCCCUCAACUUCCACCUGAGACCGGAGCCAAUCAGUGACCUGGAUGUUGGUGCGAUGCGCAACGCUGCCUCCCUGCUGGUGGGUACCCAUAACUUCAGCUCCUUCAGAGCCCUGAACUCUGAGACACCGUUUAAAGACCCGGUAAAGACCCUGGAGAAGGUCGGUCUGGAACUCGGAGACGCCUUUGUACACAAACACUUCCACAGAGAUAUUCAGUUCUGGGAGCUUACCUUCAAGAGCAGAUCCUUCCUCUACAAACAGGUGCGUAGGAUGACAGGGGCUCUGGUGGCAGUUGGCCAGGGACAGAUGUCUGUCUCUGGGGUGAAGGAAUUACUGGAGGCCCAGGACUCUCAGGCCUACCCUCACAACCUCACAUCACCCCCAGAAGGACUCUUCCUCACCAGGGUGGAGUACCACCGGUCAGACGACCUCCUCAGACGAGCUGUGAGGAAUUGAGAAAACAAUGACGGAGGAAGCAAGGACAUUGAUGACCUGCAGCUUUACACUCAGGAGGAUUCCCAGAGUUGAUUGUCGUUUUAAUGACCUAGGCCCAAUCCCAAAUGGACCCCUAGACGUUACGCCCUACACAUUUGUGGAGAUCUGAGAGGAUUUGAAAAGCAAUUUACUUAUACCUCCAAUUUGCUAGGCUAGGUCAGGGGUGUCAAACUAAUUUCAUGGAGGGUCUAGUGUCUGCAGGUUUUAGUUUUCUAACACCUAGACACCCAGGGGAGGGGAGUUCUUAUUGCAUGACAUAAGUAUUUGAUACAUCAGAAAAGCAGAACUUAAUAUUUGGUACAGAAACCUUUGUUUGCAAUUACAGAGAUCAUACGUUCCCUGUAGUUCUUGACCAGGUUUGCACACACUGCAGCAGGGAUUUUGGCCCACUCCUCCAUACAGACCUUCUCCAGAUCCGUCAGGUUUCGGGGCUGUCGCUGGGCAAUACGGACUUUCAGCUCCCUCCAAAGAUUUAUAUUGGGUUCAGGUCUGGAGGCUGGCUAGGCCACUCCAGGACCUUGAGAUGCUUCUUACGCAGCCACUCCUUAGUUGCCCUGGCUGUGUGUUUCGGGUCGUUGUCAUGCUGGAAGACCCAGCCACGACCCAUCUUCAAUGCUCUUACUGAGGGAAGGAGGUUGUUGGCCAAGAUCUCACGAUACAUGGCCCCAUCCAUCCUCCCCUCAAUACGGUGCAGUCGUCCUGUCCCCUUUGCAGAAAAGCAUCCCCAAAGAAUGAUGUUUCCACCUCCAUGCUUCACGGUUGGGAUGGUGUUCUUGGGGUUGUACUCAUCCUUCUUCAUCCUCCAAACACGGCGAGUGGAGUUUAGACCAAAAAGCUCUAUUUUUCUUUCAUCAUACCACAUGACCUUCUCCCAUUCCUCCUCUGGAUCAUCCAGAUGGUCAUUGGCAAACUUCAGACGGGCCUGGACAUGCGCUGGCUUGAGCAGGGGGACCUUGCGUGCGCUGCAGGAUUUUAAUCCAUGACGGCGUAGUGUGUUACUAAUGGUUUUCUUUGAGACUGUGGUCCCGGCUCUCUUCAGGUCAUUGACCAGGUCCUGCCAUGUAGUUCUGGGCUGAUCCCUCACCUUCCUCGUGACCAUUGAUGCCCCACGAGGUGAGAUCUUGCAUGGAGCCACAGACCGAGGGUGAUUGACCGUCAUCUUGAACUUCUUCCAGUUUCUAAUAAUUGCGCCAACAGUUAUUGCCUUCUCACCAAGCUGCUUGCCUAUUGUCCUGUAGCCCAUCCCAGCCUUGUGCAGGUCUACAAUUUUAUCCAUGAUGUCCUUACACAGCUCUCUAGUAUUGGCCAUUGUGGAGAGGUUGGAGUCUGUUUGAUUGAGUGUGUGGACAGUUGUCUUUUAUACAGGUAAUGAGUUCAAACACGUGCAGGUAAUACAGGUAAUGAGUGGAGAACAGGAGGGCUUCUUAAAGAAAAACUAACAGGUCUGUGAGAGCCAUAAUUCUUACUGGUUGGUAGGUGAUCAAAUACUUAUGUCAUGCAAUAAAAUACAAAUUAAUUACUUAAAAAUCAUACAAUGUGAUUUUCUGGAUUUUUGUUUUAGAUUCCGUCUCUCACAGUUGAAGUGUACCUAUGAUAAAAAAAAUUACAGACCUCUACAUGCUUUGUAAGUAGGAAAACCUGCAAAAUCGGCAGUGUAUCAAAUACUUGUUCUCCCCACUGUACAAAUCAAAUCCUCUCAGAUCUCCACAAGUGAAUAAGUGGUAGGGUCUAAGGGUCUGUUUGGGAUUGGGGCAUAGCACAAUGUCUCUCAACCUCAGGUCCGGUGACCUGUGGGUCCGGUGACCUGUGGGUCCGGUGACCUGUGACCUGGACAUCCUGGUAUUGCUUGAAUGUUUUGUUGGGUACACAAACCUUUAUUUCAUGUUACACCACAGUGUGUAUUCUACUAAGUGGAUAUGUAUUUCUUGCUGUACUACAAGAUGUAUAAAUAUGGUCAUAAUAUCUGUUUUUAAGACUAUGUAACCUUAAACUUUUAAUCUAUGGAGUGAUUCUACUGUGUGAGUUAAAUACGUUCUCUCUCUCUCUCUGGCCAGCCUAUAAAUAAUGUUUCCUGUA